AACUCAACUUGCAAAACCCUAAACAAGUGACACAAAAACCAGUAAAACAAGCCCGCGAACAGAAAAAUAAAAACAGCAAUUAGGGUUUCUCUAAACCCUGUUCUCUGGUUGAGGGAGAGAUUACGCAUCUUGAGGGAGAGAAAGCACAGAGAAGGUUUGCAAUUCUCAACGUAAUUUCUAGGGUUCGUAUCUGGUUGUCCGUCAGUGAAGAUGGGGAGAAAGAAGAAGUCUUUCGUGGACAAGAAGAAGUCUGCAACUUUUUGCCUCCUCGCUAGGGAUUCAUCUGAACCAGCAUCAGAAGCCCAAGCUUCGAGUGAUAGGGUUUUCGUUAGGGUUGAUAAUAAUCCUUACUGCGUUGACGGAUUCUCAGAAGAAGAUUGUUUUGCUUCGAAUAACCAAAAUCAGGAACCAGUUGAUGAAUCGAUAUUUGCAGAUGCUGAUGAAGAUGAUGAUAGUGAUGAAGAAGUUGCAGAGAUAUUGGGAAACCCUAGAAUUGGAGGUUUUGAGAGUUCCUUCUCUUCAGGUCCUCUUCGUGAUCAUAUUAGGAGGGAGAUUUUGGAGUUAGGGUUUCCUGAUGAUGGGUAUAACUAUCUUCAACACUUGAGGGAGAUCAAGCAAUCAGGAGGCGGUUCUGCAUUCUACGAGAACAGCAAAGCGAAACUGGACCAAGUUCGUCUCGACGUAAAGGCGUAUGAUGCAUCAAAACUGCAAAUCAAGUCUGAGGCUUCAGAGGAUUUAUAUAGAGUGGCUUCAAAAACAUAUGGAGUCAGGGUUCAAAAGGUCGUGCAUCCUGAGGUGGUUGCAUUGCUCAAUGAUUCAGACGGUUCACAGUUUGGUUCUGAUGUGGAGGACUUGGAAGAGGAUUUUGUGGUUCAAGCUAAUCUAGCUGAUGAAGGUGAUGAUGAACAAAGUGAAGAUGUAGGUGGUUCUAGAAGUUUGAAGGUUAGAGAUAAUGACACUCUUUCUCCUUUGAAGAAAGCCGGCGUGAGUGAUGAUCAUGAUGACCAACCAGUUAGUAGUGGCUUUAAAGGGGUGAGUGGUGUAGGCAAUGAGGAGGAGGUGAGGUUACGCAGGCCCUUGGACGAGCAAUUCGAUUUGAUGAUGCUCCGCGAGUAUGACAACAACAGCGAGGAUUUCGAGGGUCAUGACUACGCCUCAGAAGAUGAUGAUCCUCUCGCUUCCAAGCUCAACAAUGCCCUGAAAUGCCACCCAGUGGAUGAGCUUGACCUCCUAGACAAGUACAGAGUACCUGCCGAUUUUAUUCAUCCAAAACACCCAGAUAAAAUAGAGGAAUACCCAUCAAAUUCUUUGGUAGAAGUGAUCCGUAAAUGUUCAGAAUAUGCUGAAAAGUACAAUGUUGAAGGAGAAGAAGAGGGAGUAAUGGAGAUCAAGGAGAGCAGCGAUGAGUCUGAAGUGUGGGACUGUGAGUCUGUGAUUUCUACUUAUUCAAAUCUAGAUAACCACCCUGCAAAGAUCGGGUCACCUGAAAAACCUAGAAAGAAGUUAAGUGAGUUGGUGUCGAGAAAGCAAGAUAUCAAGAGUCCUUUGAUUUCCCUUGGAGGCAAGGAGAAGUUACCAGUGGAGUUCUUGCCACUUGGGAAAAAGAUGGAUAGUGCUGGGGAGGUGAAAUCUGGGGGUCAGGAGAAGAGGGGAAGGGUUCGCUUUGGGGAGACAAAGGAGGAAAAGAAGGAACGGAAGACUGCUAUCAAAGGGGAGAGAAGGGAAGCAAGGAGAGCGAAGAAAGAGUUGAAAUGUGUCUACAGAGGCGAGGCCCAAAGGGCUCAGCAGGUUGCUGCUGUUUCAGGCCCAUCUUCAAUUCAUUUAGCCUGAAGCUUUCUUUCGUUUCCCUAUUGAUUAGUUUGUUUAUUUGGUGAAAAACCUUUGUUUAAAUGUAGAGAUGGAUUCCUCGUUUUUCAGUAUGAGAGGCUUCCUUCACUUUAGAGAUAUGUGAGAUGGAAAAGGAACUUGGGGAAGGAAACUGAGAGGAAGGGAAAGGGGGUAGGAGGUGUAUGUUAGUGCAUUCUGUUUAAUUUCAUCUCUCUUCAGCA